GAUUGGAAGCUGAGUGGCCAGUAGGAGGCCUACAGACCUAUUUAUAAGGCAAUGUGCAGUUGCAAGCUCAUGAGUAGACUGCAGGGACAGGGAGAGAUCUGCUGGACCAAACUUAUACAGAGAAGCAGGGAGUCUGGACACUGCAUAGACUGUAAGGGACACACGGACCUUCAGCGCUUUUGGCUACAGAAUCAGCCCAGGAUAUGUCUGUCCCCACUACCUGUCUACUAGCCAGGAUGCUGUGCCUUCCCUUUCUCAUCCUCAGCAUAUCCCAUGUCACAGUUAGAGGUUCAGGCUGGACCUACACAGGUCACCACGGGCAGGAGAACUGGCCAGAAUCGUACCCUGACUGUGGAGGGACUGCCCAAUCGCCAAUUAAUAUCCGCACUAGCAAUGUAUCUUACGAUGAGACCUUACCGCCCAUAGAACCAGAAGGAUACAACACUCCUGGGGACCAGCCUUUUACCCUGACCAACAACGGCCAUUCAGCUCAACUCUCUCUGCCCUCCACCAUGGAACUCCGAGGGCUCCCCAGCACAUUCAGGGCUGUUCAACUUCAUCUGCACUGGGGCAGCGCCAAUAAGCAGGCAGGGUCCGAGCAUCGGCUGGACGGGGAAGAGUUUCCUGCAGAGCUGCAUAUCGUCCAUUACAAUGCUGACAAGUACGCAGAUAUCAAUGAAGCCAAGAACAAGCCGGACGGUCUGGCAGUGCUGGGAGUCUUUUUCGAGAUAGGAGCGACGGAUAAUCCAGCUUAUGCUAAUAUACUGCGUCACCUGGAUAACAUCAGAUAUGCAGGACAAUCUAUAUCCGUUCCUUCAUUCAACGUGCGCCACCUACUCCCUGAGAAUUUGGAAGACUAUUUCCGCUACCAAGGGUCUCUGACCACCCCUCCCUGCUACCAGAGCGUGCUGUGGACCGUCUUCUACCAUCCAGUGGAAAUUUCCAGAUCUCAGCUGGAGAAACUGCAGACAACUCUCUAUUCUACGGAGGAAGGAGUCGCCCCAGAGGUGCUGGGAAACAAUGUCCGAGAAACGCAACCGCUUAAACCGGCCACGACAACAGAAUGUUUUCAUCCUUCUUCCUUUGACGCUACAGGUACUGUGGGGAACAUCCUAGCCAUCAUCUUCGGGAUAUUCUUGGGAAUUGUUGUCAUUGGCUUCAUUAUCUAUUUUAUCUACAGAAAGACGAGGAAAGAUACGGCGGGGACUUCGAAGUCACAGACAGCCCCCACUGAGGUGAAGACCGUCUAGUUUAUCAAAUUAAACAUGGCGGCCGGCAAGCUAAGAAUGUACAUAAAAGCACGUCAGAAUGAUUUGGUCACUGUGAAAGGACUUUUUUUUGCUGCCAACAUAGACUGGUCUUCAUGUUAAGGCUCUAUAAAUGAUGAUGGACCUUCUGGCUCUUGCCAUAAUAAUCUCCAUGGAUCUACAACCUCUGGGGUCUUCAACGGUUCUUGCUCCAUCCUGUGAAAUUUUAAUAUUAACUUUACAAUGUGUUUUGGAAGACUGUGCCCCUUUCAUCACCCGUCAGUUGCCACCCCAUGGCUCCUUUUUGUAAUUACUGCUUGAUCAUGGCCUGAAGACCAGAAGAAGCUGAAGAACAAGCGCAAGGAGAUGACAAUGGGCAAUGAAACCCAUUAGAACCCUGGCAUGUGUAAUAAGCUGGAUGUGAUUGGGCAGGGGGUGGCCAGGACCACCCUAUUAUUGUUGCCAAACUAUUCAACGUAGAAUUUACUUGUAGGAAAAAUUGGUACGUGCCACAUAUCACUCAACCACUGCUCAUAGUAUGUCACUGCAAGUCUUCCAUGUUGUAACCAGCUGGAAUAUAUAUCAGUCUCUA